ACGAGGCCCAGCUUGAGGGGCGCGCGCGUGCGCGGGAGGAGGCGGGAGCGCCGGGGCUGGGCUUCUGGGAAGGAGGCGGGGCCCCCGCACGCAGCAUGGCGUCCACCAUGUACUCGGUUCGCCAGCGAAUCAGCCGGCUGGGGCAGAGAAUGUCCUCCUUCCAGAUCAACCUCAACCCGCUCAAGGAGCCGCUCGGUUUCAUCAAGGUCCUCGAGUGGUUUGCCUCCAUCUUUACGUUUGCUACCUGUGGAGGUUUUAAGGGCAAAACAGAGGUUCUGGUGAAUUGUCCUCCUCAGAUUACUGCCAAUGAGACUAUUACAGCCUCUUUUGGUUAUCCGUUCAGGUUGAAUCAGGCGUCAUUUCAGGCAUCUGCAGAUGUAAAUCUGUGUAAUGUGACUUGGGGAGAUCAUGUCCUCAUAGGAGAUUACUCUUCCUCAGCACAGUUCUAUGUUACAUUCGCAGUGCUUGUGUUCUUGUACUGCAUCGGUGCCCUUGUGCUGUAUGUUGGUUACACGAACCGAUACCGAGAUAGUCGCAAACUGCCUAUGGUUGACUUCGUUUGUACCCUUAUUUUCACUUUUUUGUGGUUGGUGAGCACUUCAGCCUGGGCUAAAGCUCUUACGGAUAUUAAAGUGACCACUGGUCACAGCAUUGUUCAGGAACUUCUGCCUUGCAAAGAUCCGAAAGUGCAUUGUUACUUUGGCUCUGUGACCAGCAUGGGAUCCCUAAAUGUGUCAGUGAUCUUUGGCUUUUUGAACAUGAUACUUUGGGGAGGAAAUGCAUGGUUUGUGUACAAGGAGACAAGUUUACAUAGCCCAUCGAAUACUUCCACUGCCCAUGGUCAAGGAGGUGUUGCGCCUCCUGCUGGAAUGUAGGAAGAAGUGCACUGUAGGAAUUGUAUGCCUGUGCUACGAUGUGUUGCCAACAUGUUGAGAAGCAAUAUUGGUUUCUAAUAAAAGUAAUGGCUCUUUUUCAAUAAAUUGGUGGAUUUUAAA